UGCGUGACAAAUCACAGAAGUUUACCAACUGCAAUGAGAGCCAGAAGUGUCGGAAAUUGGACCUGGAGGAUUCAGCUACUCAUCCUGUUGAGUGGAGUUAUACUUUCCAUUCAAGCUGCUCCGGCGGAAAUGGCAGAAGAUGUGACCCAUCCACCGCCGACUUCCGCCGAUCAGUUGCAAUCAGAGUCUCGCUCCCGCAAAGAUGAUGUCCUGGAUGUGGACGAGGAUCUGGAUGGACGCAAUGCCUAUAUCAACAAUCAGUUUGUGCCCAGUGAGCCAUCUGAAGUGCUGGAGGAUGAGCAGAAUGCUCCGCUGUACGAGAUCCUCCAGAAGCAGAUGGAGCAGGUGCUGGCCUCAUCGGCUCCCAAUGAUCCUGUCUACGAGCAGCGGGAGAAACAGGAGCGCCGCGAGCAGUUACCACACCAACCGCCUUAUUUCUCUGGCUUAGAACGGGAUGCUGAUCCCGAGGAUGACUACGAGGACGAAGAGGAUCCAUCGGAUCAGGGUUACUCCGUGGAUCCAGAAAAACCCGAUGCUGUGCAAGGAUCCCCCGAGGAGGAGGAUCACAACGAGGCUGGCUAUCAAGCUCCAUCGUUGAGCCUUCCCAGCAGCACAACUCGCAAACCGCACAGGCGACGCAGCACAACCACCACAUCUCAGCCGCGAACCACGAGGACGAGGACAUCUGCCCAUCCCAGGACGACAGCCAGACCCUUGAACCAAACCAGCACCACUGAGCAGCCACUAGGAAGCACCACCAGUCACAGGCCCAAAAUUAGUUCAACUCCUCAUCCGGGAAAUAACCUGCCUAGUGAUCCACAGGUCUAUCAGCACAAGCGGCGCAUCGUCUUCAAAACCAUCUCAACUGGCUCGCAGUUCGUUAACUCUCCCAUUGGCGAUCUAAUGAUCAAGUUCUCCAUCGGAUUCGCCAAGCCAGCUGCUCCGGGUGGAGCCAUCAGCACCUCCGGCUCACCCAGUUCCUCCAACAACGAAGCCCUUCGUGCUCUCUCCCAGAAUUUGAUCCGAAACCUGGAGCUGCAGAAAUUAAAGAGAGCCAAUAAAGUGCAAAGGGAUUAAAUAAAUAAAUUAAUUAACUUACCUAUUGUCAAA